AUGGUUACUACUAAAGGUGAUCUAGUGGUUUUGACAUCUCUCAAACAGCACGCCGACCAUAAUAUCGUCAAGAUUCAUCGCGAAGAAACCGCAAAAUCGGACAAAGUUUUGCUGAUUGGAGGUGGACAGCACGCCGGGCUCAUCGUUAAUCGAUUCGAUGAAAAAGUUGCAUAUGAUUCCGAAUCCGCCGCCGACGUCUCCUUGUCGUUCAGUGUCCAUCUGACUGACAAGGAUCAGAAGCAGGUUCAGGAGAAGCGAUCUCUAUACUUUAAGCUUCGAAAAAACGUGGAUUUGGAUGUGGGGCGCUCUGUGGUCCAUAAAUUCUUCAGAAAUCUGCUGAGCAAUCUUUCAGGAGACUAUGCAUCGUUCAUGAAGCGUGCGAUGAUCCUUUUGCACAAAGAGUACGCCGAAAUCGCCGAAGUGAUAAUCGAUUACAAGAUUGUCGACGAGGAUGAGCAGGUCGCCAUUCCCGAUGCCACUCAAUAUGAUUCUGGCUCAGAAUUGGAGGAAGUCACCAUCGGGCACGUGCAGGAGAUUCUGGAGCACGCGUUCCCGAACGGACUGCCGACGUCGACGAUUUCAGAAUGUUUGAGAUGUUCGAACGACGAGACGCUGGAGUUUUUGAACGAGUUACAGACGAAUGGAAUAGUUCGAAUGGUUGGAGACGAGUGGAUUCGUGUGGACACCAGAAAAGUGGAUGAGAGUGUUGAGGCACAUCGGCAGAGUGCCAGUACUAGUGCUGGAGGCACCAACGACCAACCGACAGUCGCCAUUAUUUCUUGUCUUUUCGUGGAGAAACAGGCGGUGGAUGCCCUAAUCGAAGAAUCCUCGACGAUUCACAAGUACAAAUCGGGUGGAGAAUCCAACGUCUACACGCUGGGAAGAAUCGGUUCCCACCGCGUCGUCGCCACGAAACUCGCGUUGAUUGGUGAUUCUCGAGAAGCCAUCACAUCUGCUGGAUCGAUUACGACACGUCUUCUCGGAAACUUCCAGAACAUCGAGCACGUCUUCAUUGUAGGCGUCGGAGGCGCUGUGCCACACUUCACAGAUGCCACGUUGCAUGCCAGACUCGGUGACGUCAUCGUUUCGGCGUCGCGACCACAUCAAUACGUUUAUGCUCAUGAUUUGUUGUUUGAUAGGAUGACGGAGCAGAUAACUGGAUUCGCCAUUCGCAACUGGGACGCCGAGGACAAGACCAUCGAAAACAUUGUGGAAACCGGUGGUCAGGAACUCGUGGACUCAUGGAAUUCAGCUACAGAUGAAGCUAUCCAGUCUCUGACGUCUUCUGCUGGAGACGUCGAAUGGAAGGCGCCUCCAGAAUCGACUGACGUAUUAGCAAUGGCAGUUUCGAAGGGAAACGUCGUCGUGAUGCCACAUCCGAACGAGAAUCGAAAGGGUGGACCCGAAAUUCAUCUGGGAACAGUUGGAGCCAUGUCGGCCAUGAAGAAGUAUGAGAAGACGAUUGGUGGAGAGGAGGAUACCUUGGGACAGAUCCGUGAAUCGUUUGCCGAGUCAUUUGGCAUCCGUUGCAUGGACGCUGGCUUCGAUUCGGUCGUCGGCGCCGUCGUUGGCUCGUGUGUCCGUUCGUGGGCGUUGAUUCGUGGAAUCUCGGAUUAUCACUACGGUCAGAGUCGUGCUGGAAAGGUGUGGCAAGCACAUGCGGCUGCCCGAGCCGCCGGCAUGGCCAGAUGCAUCAUCGAGAAGCUUCCAAAGGCUUAA